AUGCAUUAUACGCCGUUUAAGAAUGUUGUCACUAAUAAUAUAUGUAAUUUGUUGAACCGAGCGCUCCAAGCUGUUAAAACCUUCCUCAGGUCUCUGCCGCAAGUCAAGAUGUAUCACCUACCACUCGUUUCGCUUCUCUGUACCUUCUUUGCUGUCGCGAUUGCUUCUCCGGUCCAAGUGUCACCAUCCUUUAAAUUAACAGCUCAAUCCUGGAGGUUACGUUUUACAACAAGAAAUCAUCUUCCGCACUACCAAAACAGAUUCCGAGGCCAUGCGGUGAUGCACAGAAUUUCAUCUCGCAGAACUGCACCUCUCCGGAAACAGGGUGUAUCGACUGAAUCUCUUGAAGUCGUUCCAAAUCAUAACUCACUGCAGGCGUUCCGUCGCCGACGUACAGUUUCAAGAAACACGGCUCCGUUCAGUCGAAGAGUAGACAUGAUGAAACGGCACCUCGUUACCGCACUUGUUGAGUGGCCUACAGAUAAAGAUUACAUCCACUCCAAGGCCUCUCAAGCAAAUUUGCGUUAUCUCAACGAGGAAUCUACCCCUCGAUUGCAGCGUGCCGACAUGCAGAGGAGCGAGAUCCGAAAAUAUGCGCAGGAUCAUCCAGUUCUAGUAAAAAAUACGAAGAAUUCGGAAGGAACACUCGUCAGGCCCUUGCCCGUGGUGCCCCGUGACGGGACUACCACGGAACAGUGCAAGAGCUCUGAAGAAUGCUUGGGGGACAUGUUCUGUGCAGAUAGAGAUGGACAAGAGUGCACGGGUGGCGACUUGUGCAGAUGUUUUCCACCGCGUGGCCUUGUCCGAUGUUCAUCUAGUAGCGAUUGUUUGAGAAAUGGGGAGGUGUGUGUGCAGUUACGCGAGUCGACGGCGUGUAUAUCCCAGGAAGUUGCUAAUGAUUCAGGUUUUGAAGUGGUGGACGAUAGGCCUUCAGAAGAUGAGGAGACAGUAUCCGGUAGUGAUGAUGUUGCAAGCACAAACCCAGGGGUUAAUAACGAGACAGGGGAGGCUUGCAUAGACGCACGAGCCUUGGGCCAUUUUCCAUUGAAUCGCCUUGUAUUCAAGACGCAUGCGUUUUCUCAUGUUCUGUGUGACACGAACGACAGUUGUGCCACACGAAGUCAUGUUGUCAUGUUCCGCGGGCGCGCAAUGAGAAUGAGGAUAUACUGCGAAUUGGUGGGUUGCAGACAAGCGACGAUGGGGGUGAACAGUCCUCAUUUCAGCCGCGGAAUGCGCAUUGAGUCCAAGACGAAAGGGUUAGAGUACACAGGCUUUGCUGCACGCUACGACACGCAGGUUGAAGAGAGUGUGAUUAGAAUGGCUAUUCGACUGGGGUUCACAGGCUGUAUAACAACUAUCCACAAGUUUCCUUUGUACCCUACGCCAUACACAGGCGAUACCCGAAGCAACAUGUGCUAA